GUCGGGAUCCCUCGUGCCCUUGCCACAGCUCCAGGUUACGCCACAGUCCCUGAGUCGUGCAGUGAAGACAGAGAGCCCAGAGAGAGGGCAGGAUGAGGAGAUCGAUAUUGAAACCGUGUCUGAGAAAACUCCAGUGUUGGAGGCCGGUGACCUGGACAGCCUCCUGGCCCAGUUUGAGGCCUCUGAGGCAGUUAACAAGACCUCAGGUGACGGGACCAAGGAUGGCCCCAGCAGCGCUCCUGAGCAGGUGAAGGCCACCGGAGGGUUUGGACCACACAGCAGGGGGCCUUCGGUGCCAGGUAUUGUCCCCCUGGGCAUCUCCCCACAGUCCUCCCCCACUCAUCAGAAGAUCAAGGAUGCUUUGCCCAAGGAGAUCAUUGAAAAGAUUAAAGCGUCAACUAAACGGAAAAGUACACAAAUGCUGUCUGAGCCACCGGUGCUGCGCAAAGGCCGUGGAGGUAGACAGCAAGAAGGAACUACCAACCGCAAUAAAAUUCUUCGUGUUGCACCCCAGAGCUCUUCUGCACAGACUGCAACAGAUGAACGAGUCCCUCCUCCAGUAGACCAUGACUACUGCUUCUCUCCAGACAAACAAAAGCAUGCCAAGCAAGACUCUAGUGAUAGGAUGAAUGAUGAGUUCUUUAAUAAACUUCCUGAUUAUUACACCACUAUGUCGAGACGCCAGUCAAAGAAAGCGAGCAUCUGUUCAGACGAUGGGCAUGAUGAUGGUGGGAAGAAGGACAGUGGUGUGGAGUCAGGAGAUGUGAGUGAUGCAAGUGUGGAAACAGAGGAGCGCAAGAAGGAAGGAAAGGAUGGAAGGAGUAGACAGGAAGUGUGGAAUAACCAGGAGAAGCUCAAAAGAAAUAAUGAUAACACAGAUGACGUAUAUGACAAAAUACCUGCUUAUAUGACUGAUAUCGGCAAUGCCAAGCCCAAAGAUGAUGAAGAGAUGAAUGAGAAUGAAGAAAAGGAAGGAGAUAACAUAGUCAUUACUACUAAGCCUGAGGUGAAGAAAAUCAAACGGAAACUCAACCUCUCUGAGUACCGGCAGAGAAUAAGAAGUGCGCAGAGUAGUACUUGCCCUUCCCCUAACCAUACUGACUCUGUGCAGACCUCGCCAAAGCCAGGUGACUUGCCGGUGUCUGAUCUGGUCCAAAAGAUGGAGGAGGCCAAGACUGAAGAGGAGAAGUCAGAUGUUGCGCCUAAAAAUAAUGCUGUUGAGGCAGUAGAGCCGGAGGAAGACACAGAGGAAGGAGAACUGAAGGGGGAUUCAGAUCCAGAGGUUCCUAUGAACCAGCUGGCAGAGAAGGCAGCUGAAGUCUACAGUGCAGUAAACAGGACACCCGAAAAGACUAUGCUGCCUGUUCAGCCAACCUCCUGCAGCAGCAUGGGGUCAACAAGCUCUCGUGAUAGCAGAAGGAGAAACUCCAGGACUUGCUCAAUGAGAAGGUGGUCAUCCUCAAGCAGAAGCAGAAGCCGAAGUAAGAGUCCCUUGAACAGCAAAAAGAACCACCUGUCUCGCAAACACAGAUCCUCGCGCGGGAAGAGAAGAAGGCGCCACAGGAACUCCCACUCGUCCGUAUCCCCACACAGCUCCUCCAGAAGAAGGUGGUCCAGAUCUCGGUCACGCUCCAGGUCCAGGUCAAGGUCCAGAUCUAGGUCGAGGUCAAGGUCGAGGUCGAGGUCGAGGUCGAGGUCGAGAUCGAGAUCCAGGUCAAAGGGGCGAUGCUCAUCCACAUGUAGUUCAUCUUCAUGCUCAAGCUCAAAAUCUAGGUCAAGGUCUCGCUCUACCAGGACACGAGAUAGGUGGGGAUAUUCGCGUAGAUACUCUAGAAGUCGCGAUAGAAGACGCAGAUCUCACAGUCGCUCAAGAUCACGUUCUUCGUCACGCUACAGCAGAGUCACACGUUCCCGCUCGCCCGUCUGGGGGAACAGAAGAUCCCGCUCGCCCCCUCGACUUCCACCGAGAAUAAGGAGACCGGAGGACGAGGAUCGAGUCAGACAAGUGGAAGAGCGUCGUGUCAUAUACAUCGGUCGCAUCAUGGAGGGGACCACCAAAGCAGAUCUGCGACGGCGAUUCCAAAAAUAUGGAACCAUUGUCGACAUUAGCGUUCAUUUUAGGGAACACGGGGACAAUUAUGGGUUUGUAACAUUUAAGAACAGGGACGAAGCUUACCAAGCUGUUGAGAAUGGUAACGAGGAUCCCUCACUCCCACGCUACGACCUGUGCUUUGGGGGGAGGCGAGCCUUCUGCAAAGUUCAGUAUUCUGACUUAGAUGCCCAAAACGAGUCAUACAUGGGGGGGUCUCUGUCAAGAGGUGCGCCACACGGGGACUUUGACACACUCUUGCGCGAAGCAUUGAAGAAGAAGUUACGAUGACCAUGGGGUUUUCUAGCAUUUACUUCUGUAGUAACUAUGUUUAGCUGACCUGUAGUGUUGGUUAGGAACAUGUGAUUAUAAUUUUUUUCUAAUAUUAUUCAUAGAUAUGUAAAUUAGUGUCAAAUUUUGCUAUGAAUUUUGCUUUUACUUUUUUUUUUUUCUUUUCAUUAAAUACCUGAUACUCAUUUUGGUCUGCCAUUUCUUACUUUUUUAUUUGCCAUUUGUUACCUGUUUUCUCCCGCAAGGUGAGAAACAAGUUGUUUUCCUACUAUACAUAGUAACUGAGAGAUUAAGUUUGUAUAUAGUUUCAGCAGAUUUUUGUUUCUCAAAAGAGCUUGUAUAUGAGUAUAUAUUAAGAGAUCAAAGUGCAGUGCGAUGGUCAGUGUUGUGUCCCCAUUUUCAAAAGUUCCUGCAACAGCCAGGGCGAGAAAGAAUAAAGCACAAUUAAACGUAGUGGAAAGUUGCCGGCUAAAAGAGGAUCCUGAAAUGUUCUGAAAACUUUUUUUAAGGUCUCUAAGCAACUUGAUCCGAAAGAGGAGGAAAAGAAUUGGGAACAGUAAAUCCCUCCCCCCCCCAUUUGAUAUAUAAAUAUAUGUAUAUAUAUGUAUAUAUACAUAUGCAUAUGUAUAUAUGCAUGCAUAUAUGUAUGUGUAUAUGUGUAUAUAUAUAUAUGUAUAUGUAUAUAUGUAUAUAUAUAAAUAAAUGAAAAUAUAUAUAUAUAUAUAUAUAUAUAUAUAUAUAUAUAUAUAUAUAUAUAUAUAUAUAUAUAUAUAUAUAUAUAUAUAUAUAUAUAUAUAUAUAACACUUCUGCAGGAUAUUAGAAUAUUAGGUAUUCCUCAACUUCAGUGCUGCUAAUAGUGAGAAAUUUUUUUCUCUCUCUUUUUCAAAUAGUAUGUGGCUUGCUGUGGCCCACUUGAUUUUUUUUAUUAUUAUUUUUAUUUUUUCCCCCUCACACACUGCUAACAGAGAAGCUAAAUUAGGUGAAUUCCUUGCUGUGUUAUGGCAAGUGUGAUAUGUGGCAUUGUUUAAAGUGUACAUUAUGUAGAGUUUGUUUAUUUGAUCACUUAAAGAUAGAUGUAUUUGUAUAGAUGAGGCUUGGUGCUUUGGAAGAGAGUAAGAGAGAUGCAGAAAUUGCCUGUGAGAGAGAAAGAAAAAAAGAAAGGGAAGGAGAAAUAGGGGGGAAGAGAGAGAGAAAGUAAGAGAGAGAGAGGAAGGAAGGAAGGAAGGAAGGAAGGAAGGAAGGAAGGAAGAAAAGAAGAAAAGAAGAAAAGAAGAAAAGAAGAAAAGAAGAAAGGAAGAAAGGAAGAAAGGAAGAAAGGAAGAAAGGAAGGAAGGAAGAAAGGAAGAAAGGAAGAAAGGAAGAAAGGAAGAAAGGAAGAAAGGAAGGAAGGAAGAAAGGAAGAAAGGAAGAAAGGAAGAAAGGAAGAAAGGAAGAAAGGAAGAAAGGAAGAAAGGAAGAAAGGAAGAAAGGAAGAAAGGAAGAAAGGAAGAAAGGAAGAAAGAAAGAAAGAAAGAAAGAAAGAAAGAAAGAAAGAAAGAAAGAAAGAAAGAAAGAAAGAAAGAAAGAGAAUGAAAAAGGAAAUGGAAAAAGAGAGAAGAAGUGAGAGAAUGAGCAGCAAGACCAAGGAUCCCAUGGGGGCAAACAACAAGAAGUUCAAGUGUAACAGAAUGGUCGAGUUACCAUUGGCCUGUGGAAAUACAACUCUUGAUUAGCAUGAGGUGCAGACACUGGCGACUGAGGAAGGGUCUUAUGUACUUUUGUAAAGCUUUCACGAGUCGUUGGUGAUUAGUACUUGGCUGUGUUUAUCAUUAUUGUCAUCAUCCUGAAUAUUCUUUUUUUUUGUUAUUGUUGUGAAAGUUAUUGAUGGUUAUUUCUCUUCUUGUUAGUGUUAUGAUGAUUAUUAUAACAUUUGUUUAUAAUUGUUAUCACUAAUUUUGUGAUCAUUAUCAUCAUCAUCAUCAGCAGGGCCCGACAGCUCACGUCUACAUAGUUUAUUGUGCCAUUGUUAUCAUACCAUGUUUCCCUUCAGCCAUACUGCGUUUUGUGAGAUAUUGCCUUUUCUCGGUUGUGGUAGAAGGAUCUAGUGAUAUAGGCUAUGUAAGUGUUACUUCCUGUAAGGAAACCAAAAUCUUGUAUACAUGUUAGCAUCAUUGCUUCAUGCCGAUGACAUUAGUUCUUUGGAAUGGUGGUUUACAUAGGUGUGCAGUGUAUUUGGAGCUUAUUGUUAUUAUUAUUAUUUUUUUUUUGUUUUAAAUUUUGUCGUACCUGCCAGGUGGUUUUACUUCAGACAUGAUCCCCCUUCCAAAUUAUGUAUUACUUAAAAAGGAGAAAUAAAUACUAGAGAAAAUACUCAGCUAAAGGAUGCACAUUUUGCCUGUGUUGCUUUUUUUGUUAAGCCAGAAAGAAUUGGCUUUAGGUGUUAGGGAUUCAUAUGCUUACUAAUGGAAUAAAAAAAGCUGCAGCUUGAACAAGAGAAAAGCAUUUGCAUAAGCACUAAUUUUUAAAUAGCUCAUCACAUUAUGAUACUGAGUUUUUGGUGUACAAGGUGCUAUUAGGAAUAAACUGGUUUUCUGUUAUUGAAAAGUUUGCAUCAAUUGUUGUCUCUGUAAGUAGGAAGAGUAUAUAUAUAUAUACAUAAUGAAUUUAUGAUGAAUUAAAUAAUGUUGAUGUUUGGUUAAAACUUAUGUAAAUAAUGAUAAUCCUUUAAAAAGGACCUUGUUUGCUUGAAGAUUAGAACUACACAACUAAAUGUCACAUACACGGAAAGGAAGCGAUAGAGAAUAUUCAUGAACACACAUGCACAGGCAUACGCUCAUGCACAGAGACAUACACCAGAUGUUGUGUAUUGUAAUGUGUGAUAAUGUUAUUCCUUUAGCCUUUGCAAGAGAACCAGAAAGAGUUAAACCAAAGCAGUACAAAUGGCUCUUGGGUAGCAAAUACUUUAUUUUGCAAAAACUCUCUCAAGCUCUGGCAAAGUUAGAAUAAAAAGGGAAGAGUAGAACGAUAGGUGAAACUCAAUAAGUGCAUUAUUAUUACUAUUAUUAUUAUUGCAGUUAUUAUUUUAUUAUUUUUAUUGGUUUUUGUCAUUAUCUUUUAAUCGUUGAAAGGUUACUUGCAUGUUUUGUUAUCAGUUGUUGAAGGACACUAAUUAUGUGGACUACUUUUUAAAAUUUUUGUUUCAAAGUUAUAGGAUUUUGCUGUUUUCUAUAAGAUAUUUUGAGGUCUGUACAUGAUAAUAUUUCUAUAUUAUUGUGUUCUUAUAUCACCCUUUUUUUUGUGAAAACGGAUAUUUAUAUUUGAUUAGGGAAGCUCUUCAAGGAUAUUAUCAGAACAAUUGAGUUAGCAAAUUUGCUUUUUUAAUUUUUGUUUUUGUUUGAAGAACCUUAGGAAAUGUAUCAAGUAAACAUUGAAACCUGAAUUGAUAAUUUGUGGAGAAUAUUAUUAUUAUUAUUUUUUUUUGUAGCACUAAAAUCUUUUACACGAAGUUUCAUUUGCAGCCAUAUGCUUACAUAGUACUAAGCAGUUACCAUGACUAUUUUUAUAAGAUAAAAUCCAAAAUGCUGAAAAAAAGGUAAUAUAAAAAAUACAAAAAACAGAACUAUGCUAUGGUUUCUAUAAGGCCGUAGAAGUGGGAGCAGGAAAGGAGACGGCAGUGAGCAUGUGAGGUGGGGGGCUGGUAGUGGUGUCAUUAUGACUAUUUUUGUAUUUAUUAUAUAAAUGACAGCAGUUCUCAGGGGGUCUUCACUACCACUUCUCAUGAUAUUGUACCUUUGUGAUAGAGAGAGGAGAACGUGAAAGGUUGUGUGCGUAAGUGGAUGAGGAGGUCCAUGUACUGUGUAUAUUACAGUAUUCAUAUAUAUAUAUAUACAUAUAUGUGUGUGUGUGUAUGUAUGUUUUCCCCUUUUUGUCUUGUGUAUACUCCUUAUUCACCCAGUGUUUGUUGGAGACUAUGUGGGGGGGUCUUGUGAGAUCAGCCAGAUUGGGUGUUGCCAACAAUUAUGAUGUUGAACAAAAAAAAAGAUGAAUUUUGCAGAGAAAUGGACAGAUCCUAUUUGAUACCGGGUAACGUGUUUUCUUAUUUAUUGUUAUUUAUUUAUUAUGUUUUUAUUAUUAUUGUGACCAAACUAGUUUAGUGCUCCCAGGAAUUUAUAGUUUUAACUCUGUUACUGAGUUUAUUGUGUGUGUAAUGAAGGUGUACAGAUUUUGUUAUGACACUGAAAUGUAUAUUAUCAGUGGGUUUACUUGGAUAUAGUCAUUGAUUUUAUCUGUGAGCAGUCUUCGGGAAAAAGACCAGACAAAAGCAUACUGCAAAAGCAAUAGUAGAAAGUGCAACAGUUUAGAAAAAAAGGUAAAACCAACAUUUUAUAAUUUUUUACAUGCAUCUUUAAAGAAAAAAGCACAUUUAAGUGGUAAAUGCCUUUCAGUCUUGUAUCGGACUUAAUGAUAUAUACACACAUAUAUGGAGUCUGUCGUAAAUAUAUAGAAAGAGAGCUGUUUGGUUCUUGCGUCCCCUGAUGAAUUCACCUGUUGGAGGUAUGGAGGUUACCUCGAAUUGUACAUAGUAGAAGCAUGACGGUAAUCUUGGCUUUUACAUUCAUUGUUGAUGCUUUGGCCAGAAAGAAGAAGAAAAAAAAACAUCCUUGUGAUAAGGUGAACUGUAUCACAAAACAUUACUUGUUAAUCCCAUGAAAAUAUUUACUACAAGUUAUCCCCCCCCAAAAAAUGGUUCUGUUGAACAGACAGGCUUUGAUGCCCAUAAAUUUAUUUAAUGUUCUGACAGCUUUAGUAUUGUAUAACAUUAAAAUAAAAAACAAUCUUUUGGGAUUAUGGAUAUUGACGGGUAAGGCAUUUUGAGUGUUAAAUUGGCCUACACAUGACAACCCUCCUCCCUCCCAUUCUGCAGUUGCAUGGAAACUUACUUGUUGUCAGCCAGGGUGAGCAGAAUGGUUUAUAGUAAUAAAAUAGCAGGGCAGUGACAAA